AAGAGCCGCCUGCUGCGUCCUGCCCUUCUCUGGAAUCAAGAUCAAAAUCGCUGUUCCCGCUCUGUUCGAUAACUCGGGAAGAUCGAAGAUGGCGAGUGAAAGUGAGCCAGCAAAGCUCCUCUUACCGUACCUUCAACGUGCCGAUGAGUUGCAAAAGCAUGAACCUCUUGUGGCAUAUUACUGUCGGUUGUAUGCUAUGGAACGUGGAUUGAAGAUUCCUCAGAGUGAACGCACCAAGACCACAAAUGCUCUACUUGUAUCGCUCAUGAACCAGCUCGAAAAGGAUAAAAAGUCAAUCAAGCUGGGACCUGAUGAUAAUUUACAUCUAGAGGGAUUUGCCUUAAACGUCUUUGCGAAGGCUGACAAGCAAGAUCGUGCUGGACGUUCAGAUUUGUAUGUUAACCAUUUAUAUAAGCUGUAAUUAUCUUUUAAGCUUGUCUGUUCCACUGUUAGUAUGUUAUGCUGUCAUUCUCUUAUCUUUUAUAU